CUUAGAACUCUUAGUUAUGGCUAAUAGUAUAGUAAUUUAUAGGGAUGUAGUACUGCGGUAUGGAUGUAGAUGGUGCUAUGCCUGCAUAUUGUGUGUGAGAAAACUAGACCCCACGCCGCAACGAAAAACUUGAGCAGGAGAUAAUUCAAAAGUUUCGAUAAACUGGAACAUGGGGUUAUUAAAGGGAGUAUAUACUAAGUAAGUAAUAAUAAUAUAAUAUGUUGGACGGAGUUUCAUUAGAAAUAAUAUCACGAUUCAAGCAAGCUGUACUUACAGCCAAAUCUAUAAGUAAUGAUAAUGCCGAAAUAGCUUCGAGUAAUAGAGGUAAUAAACUUUACCAGCCAUCGACUAAUUCAUUAGAAGCAUUAAAAUCCAAAAUUGUUGAAUAUGAUGGAAUUAAUCAUCUUGUAUUAACUAACGAAACUAUUGAAAGAAGUAAUAUUAAUAAUAAAAGAAAAUGGAAUGAUACUUAUGGAGAUUCAUCAAGUAAUAUUGAUAAUCAUGUUUAUAUAGAUGAUAAUGAUAAAGAUGAUCAUGAUCAAGAUCAAGAUCAAGAUGAUAUACAAGAAAAUGAAGAUGAUGAUGAUCAUCCUUUAAAGAAAAUAAAACUUGGAGAAAUCUUGGCUCCUUUAAAUCAUCCAUCAGAAGUUGUAUCACAUCCAUCAAUACUGAAAACUUAUAAAUCAGUUAUAUUUAAUAAAUUAGCUAAUGAAUUAAUUGAAUUAAUAGAAGUUGAACAAACAAAUUUAAAUUGGUUAAAUAAAUUAUUACAAGUUUUAAAUGGUGAAGAUUGGUUUUAUCUAUUAGAAGAAAAUCUUGGUUUAAAAGAUUAUGAUCAUGGAUUAAAUGAUGAUAAAUUAUCUAAUGAAGUAAGAGAUAGAAGUCAAAAGAAUGGUGAAUCUAAAGAAACAGAAGUGAAAACUGAAAAGGAAAAGGAAAAGGAUUCUAAUGAUGAAAUAGAUCCAUUUUUUGCUUUACCACAAACUUUAAAGAGGUAUGAAGAACAUCAAUUAGCAAUCAAUAGUGAACAACAAAAUGAUGAUCAAGAAUAUAGUUUGAAACAAGAUUUAAUAAAUUAUUUACAAGUUAGUAUUCAAAGACAACAUGAAUAUAUUAAGAAUUUAAGUCAAUUACGAAAUGGCAUAGUUAGAGCUGAUAGAUUAAAGAAAGAUAUCUAUAAAUGGGGUAAAGAAAUGCAUGAUAAGAGAAGUAAUUAAAUAUGUAUUAUUAGUAUUAUUAAAAGUUAGCUUUAAAA